AUGAAGAAUGCAACGUUAAUUUGCGUCCCUAUAAUGGGCGAAACCGUCGGAAAAAUGGCACUUGAUAUUCAAAAAGCUAAACUCAAUGGAGCAGACCUUGUUGAAAUUCGAUUGGAUUCUCUCACCACUUUCAAUCCUCAUCAAGAUCUUAACACUUUCAUUCAGCAGCACCAUUCCUUGCCCUUGUUGUUCACUUACAGACCGACAUGGGAAGGUGGUAAGUAUGAUGGUGAUGAAAACAAACGGUUGGAUGCAUUACGGUUAGCCAUGGAAUUGGGAGCUGAUUACAUUGAUAUCGAACUUAAGGUUGCUCACGAGUUCUAUGACUCUAUACGUGGGAAGACGUUCAACAAAACCAAAGUCAUUGUUUCAUCUCACAACUAUCAGUUUACUCCGUCAGUUGAGGAUCUUGGCGACCUUGUGGCAAGAAUACAAGCAACUGGGGCAGACAUAGUAAAGAUUGCAACGACUGCCGUGGAGAUCACUGAUGUGGCACGUAUGUUUCAAAUUAUGGUGCAUUCUCAAGUAAGUCAUGUUCCAUUUAUAGGACUUGUUAUGGGGGAUAGGGGAUUGAUUUCACGUGUACUUUGUGCAAAAUUUGGUGGGUAUCUCACUUUUGGUACACUCGAGUCAGGGGUAGUUUCAGCUCCUGGUCAACCUACACUUAAGGAUCUGUUGCAUCUAUACAAUUUCAGACAAGUGGGACCUGAAACAAAAGUAUAUGGGAUUAUUGGGAAGCCUGUCAGUCACAGUAAAUCACCCAUAUUGUUUAAUGAAGCCUUCAAGACAGUUGGUUUUGGUGGAGUUUUUGUAUUUUUAUUGGUGGAUGACCUUGCCAAUUUUCUCAGGACUUACUCAUCAACAGAUUUUGUGGGAUUCAGUGUUACCAUUCCUCACAAGGAGUCUGCCCUUAAGUGCUGUGAUGAGGUUGAUCCAGUGGCUAAGUCAAUAGGAGCUGUAAACUGCAUUGUAAGAAGACCAACAGAUGGGAAGUUGAUUGGGUAUAACACUGAUUAUGUUGGUGCUAUUUCUGCUAUUGAGGAUGGGCUACGAGGUAAACUCAAUAGCAGUGGUACAGCUGUUUCGCCGUUAGCUGGUAAGCUGUUUGUUGUUAUUGGUGCUGGUGGUGCUGGUAAGGCACUUGCUUAUGGUGCAAAAGAAAAGGGAGCAAGGAUUGUGAUUGCAAACCGCACCUAUGGUCGUGCCAGAGAACUUGCCGAUGUAAUUGGUGGAGAUGCUUUAGCCCUCAGUGAUUUAGAUAGUUACCAUCCCGAGGAUGGUAUGAUUCUUGCAAACACAACAUCUAUUGGAAUGCAACCAAAAGUUGAUGAAACACCUAUUUCUAAGCAUGCAUUGAAAUUCUACUCGCUGGUUUUUGAUGCUGUAUACACGCCAAAAAUUACUAGACUCUUGAAGGAAGCAGAAGAAUCAGGAGUCACUAUUGUUGAAGGAAUGGAGAUGUUUAUUGGACAAGCAUAUGAGCAGUACGAGAAGUAUACUGGAUUGCCAGCACCAAAACAACUCUUCAGAAAAGUUAUGGAAAACUAUUAA